AUUUACCUAAACUGUCCUUUUCCCCGUCGCCUUACGCCAAGGGUCAGGGGUGUGCAUAGGCAGACGUUAACCUAUGCUUAAAACUUUCUUAGUUGAAAGUUCAUACUUACACUUUUUUUGUGUUUUGUAACUUUUUACACUCGCUUUUUAAGAGCGUGUGAAUAUUUUUUUUAGUUGAAGACUUUAAAAGCAACUAUUCAAGAUGAUUGAUACAGUAACAGGAGCACAGGCCUUUGCAGUUCAAGUAAAGGGCCUGUUGGAUCUAGAGGGCCGCUACCAACCAAAGCUCACUGGCUUGAGGCUCAUCGAGACCGCCCAGGAUAACGGCCUCAGGAUGACCAGCAGACUGCGAGAGCUGGAGGUGAAGGACCUGCUUUACCGCUGCAGGUUCUUUGGCUUCAGCUCUGAGACGUUCUCCUUGGCAGUUAGCUUGCUAGAUCGAUUCCUCUCUGUAAUGAAGAUUCAACCCAAACACCUGCCAUGUGUUGGACUGUGCUGCUUCUACAUUGCUGUGAAAUCCUCAGAAGAUGAGAAGAAUGUGCCUCUGGCCAGCGAUUUAAUCCGCAUCAGUCAGAAUCGCUUUACAGUGUCUGAUAUGAUGAGGAUGGAGAAGAUCAUCAUGGAGAAGCUGUACUGGAAGGUGAAGGCCCCGACGGCGCUGCACUUUCUCCGCCUGUUUCACAGCCACAUCCAGGAGCAGCUCGACGUUGAGAGCAGGGAGUUACUGAGCAUUGAGAGGCUGGAGGCACAGCUCAAAGCCUGUCACUGCUCCUUCAUCUUCUCCAAACUCAAGCCAUCACUCCUUGCUUUGGCUCUGCUGUGUUUUGAGGCCCAGGAAGAACACGACCCUGAGCACACAAACCAAAUAUCUGAGGCUCUGAAAAAUCUGCAGCAGCUGCUGAAUGUGAGAGAUGGAGACCUGCUGUGCGUUAGAGAGCUGGUCAGGAAAUGCCUGGUCGAAUACGCCAACACCAAGUGCUCAAGACCAAACAGCCAGAGGCUCCGCUGGAUCAUCUCAGGAAGAACAGCGAGCCAGCUGAAGCACAGCUACUACAAGAUCACUCAUCUUCCUACCAUACCCGAGUCGGCCUGCUGAUGGAAAGCUGACUCGUGGAGGGAUGACCUUAGAUUCUCACACUUCGGUCAUCUCCUUAUUUUCCUUACAGAUCUUCAUUAUUGAUAAUGGAUUUCUUUAAAGAAAAACUUUUAGGAAACUUUUUUUUUUCUUUACCAAUAACAAGGAAUACUGCUCUGUCAAAACAGCCAAAUCUCCCCCAUCCUGUUAAGUUAAAUGUUCCUGGUUGAGUUGCCUGCACAGGUGUACAGUAUGUACUUGUUUGAAUCCAUACACGUCUUUGUAUGGGUUGCUGGUUUUAAGCUAAUAAAGUAUUGAACCACCUAGGUCCUCAGUCCACCAUGUGGAAGAGGAGGGAGAAGGAUUUUGUGAUUAGCAAAAAUGGAACCAAGAAAUCGGGCCCAGAAUCCUUAACUCCCACCCUAGGUUGCUAAGCUGUCCUGAAUGCACACUCCUACCCAAGGUGAUGACUUUUAUUUUUAGUUUCUUAUAAAUGACGAGGGAAGUCUGGUUUUACCAGCAAAGUGAAUCUGGCGGCGAUCCAGCCGCCUGCAUCCAGCCGUGUUGUGUGAGCUGAAGUGUCACCAGCAGCAACAAACCGAGCUGUUUUCAUUUAUUCAGAGUUCAGUGGACGAAUCCAGCCUGCACAUUAUUACUCGAUUGGUUUUAGUUGAAUAAAGUGACCACUGCAGUGGAAAUGUAGGUUGGAAUUUGUUUUGCAUUUUCUGCACCAGUUUCUAAGUGUAGUACAUUUUAUUAGUGAGAAAUAAAACCUGUUUUAGAGUUCAAAACGGUUACAGAAACACACCAUCUGAACUUAUGUUUGUGCACCUUUCAAUAAAGAUUUAUUGAAAAGCUA